UUUAUUUUUGUUUAUUGGUCGAAAAUGUGUAACAAAAAAUCCGAUUCGUGGUUUAGAAAGUAUUUUAAAAAAAGAUUUAUUUUUUUCCCAUUGGCUUUUUUAACCUUGUGCCUUUUUAUAAAAUACUCGUUAAAAACUGAAAACGAUCACAAUGAUUCGUCUAUAUCUGAAUGCCUAUUUUGUGGCAUUGCCAACGGUAGAAUAACACCUCCAAAGCUAGAAUUUGAAAACGAUGAAUAUGUGAUAUUUAAGGAUAAAAAACCUGCUGCUACGUAUCAUUAUUUGGCCAUUCCCAAACAACAUUAUGACAGCCUCAAGGUGCUAAAUAAAUCCCACGUGGGCCUAGUUGAGCGCAUGCAGAAUGGUAUGCUCCAGUUUCUUGCAUCAAAAGAUGUAGAUAUAUCAAAGGCAGUGAUCGGUUUUCAUAUUCCACCGUUUAUUUCGCAAAAGCAUUUGCAUCUACAUGGGAUCUCACCUGUUACGGAAAUAGGCUUUUUCGAUCGGAUGAGUUUUAUGAUCCCGUCAUUUUGGUUUAAAUCGGCCAAUAACGCGAUUGAAUCUUUACAACGCGCUGAACUAUGAUGGAGAUGACUCGAGUUCUUUUUUCGUACCUAUCCGAUCACCUGAAAAUAUCUAUUCGAGUUGAGUAUGUUUAUUAAUAUGAUGAUUACACAAUAACCAUUUAAACAUGGUAUACAGCCAAGAGUAUUAAUCAAUACUCUUAUAAAUAGUGAAAUUUUUAAAGUUAAUAAAAAGAAGCUUUUUUUAUUUAAAAA